UGAAUCAAUAAAUCUGCUGAGAUCACUGUUAUCUAAUUGUUAUGGUUGAAGUUGGUGGAGUUUUUUUCCUUUCCCAUUGGCCAACAUUUUGAUUAGGUUUGCAAGCAAUUAUCAAUUUCUUUUAAGAUAUGAUUUAUCUAUAGAUAGAAUUUACUUCACUGCUUCUGAAUCCCUAAGCUUUAAACCCAUUUCCUUAAUUGGGUUUGUUAUGACAAAAAGUUGUGGGGAAUUCUGUUUUGGGUGAAAAUUCAGUAGGGACUUACCUCUUCAGACCAGUCAGAUUCAUGCUUUACUCACUUGUAGUUAUCACAAUUCAGGACAUACUUUACUGGGUCUCUUCUUCUGGGGUUCAAUUCUCCAUUGAUUUCCAUCACUUGAAAAAUAUGAGUCUUUGUUGCUAAGCUUUGUUGAAUAUGGCUUUUUUUCUUCUAUUCUAUAACCUUUAUUAUGGACCUGCAUUUGCUUGCAGAAUUUAUCAGCAGUAUUAUUUAGGCAUGUUUGGUAUGCGUGUCUGUGUUUCUGUGUGUGUAUGUACUUGUUAUCAUGACUGUAAAUUAUAUCAGGAAACUGACUUCAAUUCAAAGAAAUUCAGCUUUAUUUCAUAACAUUGACAUCUAGAUACAUUGUGUGGUGCUAUUGCAUUACAGGAUGUUAAUCUGCUCUAGUUGCUACAUCUCUCUCAACAAGAUUUGAAGGUUUACAAGUUCCGUGCAAUAAGAUAUCUGCAUAGACCUUUGUUUGAGAAUAUUAUUAACAUGGUUCAGACUCUGGAAGCUAUCAAGGGUGGGGGAGGAUCCAUCAGAGUUGGGACCACUGGGACAAUUAGUUCCCUGAUGACAAGGGAAUUGGAUUCGAUCAAAUCUGCACCUCAGAUGCCUCUGUCUUCCAGAACUAAACCACGUGCAGUACCUGUUUCAAUACCCUGUGGUGCUACAACUCCUAAAAGGGUACAAGCUAGAAAAUCAUGUGAUGGGGCAAGCAGCAGUGGAAGCAGUAGCUACAUUGAUGAUAGAAGCCAUGAGAUUAUUAGGAAAACAAAAGGUUACACUAGAAAUACUCAUCGAAUACCAAUGCUCGGUUCUGAUAGUAUUGCGCUGGAUCGAACUCUUAGUAGAAAGAAAACUGAAAAGAAAGGAUCUAACAUAGUUGAAAUUGUGGACAUAAAAUGUGGGAACCAGGAUAGAGCAUGGGCUAGCCCUCUAAGUAUAACAAAUCGUCUCAAGAAGCUGGGUUUCUCGAAGCUAUCUGAGAGCAUUAUCUAAGCCUACAACUUCUUCAGAUCAGAUUUAAGGUUCCUGUAACUGAAACCAGAAAUCCCAAUUGGUCGAUUGUUGUCUGAAACUUCCACCAUAGAACAUAUGCCUGGUAGGAGCCUGCUGCCUUUAUUUUUCUUCUUUUGGGUUGCUGUCACGGAUCCAAAAGUGGGUCUGGAAUGACUGCUAGAGGAAGCCUUGUCUGUAAUAGGGAACUGAGGCUUCUGCGAGCUACCUUGGCAGCUUAAUUCGAGCUGGCUGAAGUACUCGAUUUCUUUCGUUAUAAGGGAUCCAACUGUGCCUCUGGUACCUAUUUCUACUGGAGUGUGUGCCAUUUCUUCAGGGACUUUUGUGGCAAUGGUGCUUGAUUUAUGCAUGUUUUGUUUGGUUGGAGUGAUGGAGACUUGUGGAUGAAGAGAGGAGGCUUUGGGGGGUCUUGUCUUGGUGAGGAAAUUGCUUUGAGUCUGGGUCAUUUGUUUCUGCUUUGUACCUGGUGUUUCACAUGAACUCCUUACCUCAUGUUCUUUAUCUAAAGUGAAGAGCAUUAGAUUCUUGCCUGGUAGGAGGAUUGGAUGGUGAUAUGGUCAUUGUAUUCAUGUGCUGGCAGUUAAAACAUUUAAUUUGCUUACCACUGUACCUUUUUCAAACUACUUGACUUCAUUUAAAUGUUUGCUGUAUACCUGGGUCAUAACUUGGAUUUUGAUCAGCAUUUGAUAGGGAUUAGUAGAUAGUGAUACAUGUUGAAUUGUUAUAUAGCAGGUCUAUUAUGGUUCUUGAAAUGACAUCCAAUCUCAUUACCCAAUUAGUAUCAUAUGAUGAUGUAAGACUCAAAAGGAAGGAUAGAUCUUUUCAUGGCCAGUUUAAGUAAGUUGUUACUUUCUUUUCAUGUCUUCAAUAACAAGGGAAAAGAAUAGGAUGCUUUUCU